AGCUUUCCCCUCCCUCUCCUCCCUGCCCCCAGCCACGCCCCUCCGCCCCUCGACCGCCCCUGCCUCCUCCUGGGCGGGGAAUGCUAGCCCCACUUGGUCACCGACCCGCCGGUAGCCCCCACCCCCGCCUCCGGGAGCAGCACCAAGGGCGCGAGAUGGAGACCUGAACUUCCACUGGGAAAGAUCAAAUUUCUGAGCCUUCAGAACUCUGCAGCAGACAGGCCUAAACUGAAGGUGGCCAGCCCUGACCUGAGAGGAGAGAGAGAUGCUGGCCUGACAAGGCUCUGGCUGCAGGACGGCGCAGCCACCAUGCAAUGAUUGCACUAAGUGAUGUGGGAAGACCUACCGUAUCACUCCGUGAGUUUGGACCCGGAGCUGUGAAAGAGCGGAAAGGGAGCUACGCAGUCGGCCUGCAUGUGUCCUCUCUGCUCUUGACUGUGCAUAUGAUCAGCUACUGCACGGUCUUGCUGCCUUGAUUUCCUUGCGGUGAUGGAAUCUUAACUUGGAAUCGAGUCCCGGGCAUGCAGUAGAGCCUUGCUGGGGGAAAUGUCAGCUUGGACUAUGGGCGCCCGCAGUCUGGACAAGCGAGGAAGUUUCUUUAAGCUCAUCGACACAAUUGCCUCGGAGAUCGGAGAACUGAAACGGGAGAUGGUACAGACAGAUAGCAGCCUGGAAAAUGGCCUGGAACCUUCUGAAACCCACAGGCGGGCCCAGCAAUGGCCAUCAUCUGAGCAGAGGGGAGCUCUGUCCCUGGUACUACUGCAGGAGAAGCAGCUCUGGGUCCUGCUGACAGCAAAGGCACAGGCACUGGGGAUGCUCUUCCACCCACAUUCCAGCAUGGUGAGACACAAGGAUGAUGGCUGUUCUGAAGACAAGGAUGGGAAGACAUGUCCCCGAGACUCUGGCUACGACAGCCUCUCCAACAGGCUCAGCAUUCUGGACCGGCUCCUCCAUACCCACCCCAUAUGGCUGCAGCUGAGUCUGAGUGAGGAGGAGGCAGCAGAGGUCCUGCAGGCCCAGCCUCCAGGGAUCUUUUUGGUUCGUAAAUCCUCCAAAAUGCAGAAGAAAGUCCUCUCCCUUCGCCUGCCCUGUGAAUUUGGCGCACCUCUCAAAGAGUUUACUAUAAAGGAAAGCACAUACACAUUUUCCCUGGAAGGCUCAGGAAUCAGCUUUGCAGAUUUAUUCCGGCUCAUUGCUUUCUACUGCAUCAGCAGGGAUGUCCUGCCAUUCACCUUGAAGUUGCCUUAUGCCAUUUCAACAGCCAAGACGGAGUCUCAGCUUGAAGAACUAGCCCAGCUGGGACUAAAUUUUUGGAGCUCCUCGGCAGACAACAAACCCCCAAACUCCCCACCUCCCUACAGGCCUCCCUCCUCAGCCGGCAUCUGCCCUGCCUCCUCGCGUCAGCUCUGCCUUAUAAAUGGAGUGCAUUCUAUAAAAACCAGGACGCCUUCGGAGCUGGAGUGCAGCCAGACCAACGGAGCCUUGUGUUUUAUUAAUCCUCUUUUCUUGAAAGUGCACAGCCAGGACCUCAGCACAGGCCCAAAGCGGCUGAGCACAAGGACUCCCAACGCGAAUGGCACCGAGAGGCCGCGGUCUCCCCCACCCAGGCCCCCCCCACCCGCUAUUAAUAGUCUGCACACAAGCCCUGGGCUAUCCAGGACUGAACCCCAGAUGAGCAUGCCAGAAACAGUCAACCAUAGCAAACAUGGGAACGUAGCUCUGCUUGGAACAAAACCAACUCCCAUCCCUCCGCCCCGGCUGAAGAAGCAGGCUUCUUUUCUGGAAGCGGAAGGCAGCGCCAAGACCUUGACGGCCUGCCGGCCCAGCCCGAGCCCGGAGCCGGAGCCGGAGCUGGAGCCGGGCACAGCUGGGCACGCAGGUGGAGCCCCGCCUAGGGACGCCCCCAGGGAUUGCACAAGCGCGCCGCCGCCCGGUUCUGAAUCACAGCCGCCCCCGUGCCAUGGAGCCAGGCAGAGGCUGAGCGACAUGAGCCUUUCCACUUCCUCCUCCGACUCGCUGGACUUCGACCGGAGCAUGCCCCUGUAUGGCUAUGAGGCCGACACCACCAGCAGCCUGGAGGACUACGAAGGGGAGAGUGACCAGGAGACCAUGGCACCUCCCAUUAAGUCCAAAAAGAAGAGGAACAGCUCUUUUGUGCUGCCCAAGCUUGUCAAGUCCCAGUUGCGAAAGAUGAGCGGGGUGUUCAGCUCUUUCAUGACCCCUGAGAAGCGGAUGGUCCGCAGGAUCGCGGAGCUGUCCCAGAACAAAUGCACCUACUUCGGGUGCCUGGUGCAGGACUACGUGAGCUUCCUGAAGGAGAACAAGGAAUGCCAUGUAUCCAGCACCGACAUGCUGCAGACCAUCCGGCAGUUUAUGACUCAGGUCAAGAACUAUUUGUCUCAGAGCUCUGAACUGGACCCUCCUAUCGAGUCGCUGAUCCCAGAAGACCAAAUUGAUGUGGUGUUGGAGAAGGCCAUGCACAAAUGCAUCUUGAAGCCCCUCAAGGGCCACGUCGAGGCCAUGCUGAAGGACUUCCACACAGCUGACGGCUCGUGGAAACAACUCAAGGAAAACUUACAACUCGUGCGGCAGAGGAACCCGCAGGAGCUGGGGGUCUUUGCCCCGACCCCUGACUUGGUGGAGCUGGAGAAAAUCAAGCUGAAAUUCAUGACCAUGCAGAAGAUGUACUCACCAGAAAAGAAAGUCAUGCUUCUGCUGCGUGUCUGCAAGCUCAUCUACACAGUCAUGGAGAACAACUCAGGGAGGAUGUACGGUGCGGACGACUUCUUGCCAGUCCUGACCUACGUCAUAGCUCAGUGUGACAUGCUUGAAUUGGACACUGAAAUUGAGUACAUGAUGGAACUCCUGGACCCGUCCCUGCUGCAGGGAGAAGGAGGCUAUUACCUGACGAGCGCCUAUGGAGCCCUGUCUCUGAUAAAGAAUUUCCAGGAAGAACAGGCUGCGAGACUGCUCAGCUCAGAGGCCAGGGACACCCUGAGGCAGUGGCACAAGCGGAGAACCACCAACCGAACCAUCCCCUCUGUAGAUGACUUCCAGAAUUACCUCCGAGUUGCCUUCCAAGAGGUCAACAGUGGAUGCACUGGGAAGACCCUCCUCGUGAGACCAUACAUCACCACAGAGGAUGUGUGUCAGCUCUGUGCUGAGAAGUUUAAGGUGGAGGACCCGGAGGAGUACAGCCUCUUUCUCUUUGUUGAUGAAACAUGGCAGCAGCUGGCAGAGGACACGUAUCCUCAGAAGAUCAAGGCUGAGCUGCAUAGCCGGCCUCAGCCCCACAUCUUUCACUUUGUCUACAGGCGGAUCAGGAGUGACCCUUAUGGUGUGAUUUUCCAGAAUGGGGAAGACCUCACACCUUUAUAGAGGACACACAGGCUUCCCAUUAACACCUCUAAAGGGAAGCUAGGCGUCUGGCCUUCUGGCUGCCACAUGGUUGAGCUUGGAAGACAGCUGCCUCUUCAAGGCCCCUCAGUUCAAUGACAGCCAUCUAUCUGUAGGCUGGCUUGGCCAAGGGCAUCUUUUGGACACAUUGUCCAAAUGAGGUAGCUGAAGUUUGUGAAAUACUAAGAUUCUCCUCCAGAAAUGUAUUUGAUGGUUCAGGUGUCCUGAGAUCACUGGCUCCUUAGCCUUAGCCAGCUUCUGGGUUGGCUUACAUGUAUGUAUAUGUGCUGAGAAACAUGUUAAGGUACAGACUCGUCUCUUGGAUUCGAUAGCAGGUGUUGACAAGACUGUCUGACGCAGCGCGUCAGGUACCUCUCAGCUCUGUGGGUGGCUCCAAGCUCCCCCUUUCCCUUUUUUCCUCCAUCCUUCAUUCUAUACUUUUUUUUUAAAAGAGCCUUUUGUGUUUUUAUAUAUUUCAUAGAAAAUUCUAUAGCAGUUGCAGGUAAACUGUCAGGAUUGGUUUUUAAAAUAUUUUUGUAACUUUUAAAAUAUUCUUAUAAGUAUGCAUGUGAUUUAACAUUUAAUAUUUGAAGAUAAAUCUCUUGCUGGAUUUGAGAGUACUGCCUUUUAGAUGUCUCUUGGACGUCUCUCCUCUGUAACUGGAUGUUUCAGCAGAUUUGUGGGGAGAGACUUCCGGUCGUCUUAAAGCAGCCACCCCUGACGCUGGCCACAGGCGGCCUUUGAGAAAUCAGAUGUACUGUUCCAUUGGUCACCGUUGGUGGUGGUGUACCGUUUGCUAUUUGUUUAUAUUUUUUAAGCAAUCGAUGCUGAGAAUUAGAAGAGAGACGAAUGUAGAGAAAGGUAGAGAGAGAAAAACAUAGACUCUAAGGAGGGCUGAGGAAUGUAGUCUGCAGGUUCAGGCUCUUCAGAAGACACAGGAGAAGGGGUCGGGACUGUAAAUACGUGCUGCAGUGAGCUUUGACGAAGAUCUGGGCCAUAUGCUAUCUGCUUUGGGAAACAGUUUUAAGAAUCCCCACAAGGAAAAGUAAACCAAGGAUAACGCUCCCUAGGCCCCAUUUUGUAAGCCAGAACUAAUGGUAGCCCAUUAUUUGGAGGCAGAAACCAAGUUAUAUAAUAUGGCUUCUGCUGAGUUCAGCAAGAUAGUGAUUUAAAAAAAAAAGUACCAAAAGCAAAAAUAAACCAAAAACAAAACAAACAAACAAACAAACCCUCUUUUGCUAUAAGAAUGGACAUUGGUUCCGUGGUAGAGCUGGCGGGCGCGCACUAGCAUGCUGGGCUCCAGCCUCAGCAUGACAAAUAGGAGCAAAACAAGCAGAAAAUGUGAUGUGUGCUGUACAAAAUGAGUUUCUGGCCACACAGACUCUAGAACGGUCGUGUAUCGGCGUCAUACAGGUCGUUGCCAAACAAAGCGCCAUUUUCCUGUACUGUGUAAGGGCGCACUGGCGUCUGCUUCAGGGGCCUUGUUCCUUGUACUUUUGGCUUUUGUUGUACUAGAACCCUCGGCACAUACUGUGUUGUGCUUUCUUUUGUAAAUGAUUUUCAAUGGAAUUUUGCACAUAAUACAUUGUAAUACUGUACAAUAAUCCCGUGUAAAAUAAUUUUUGCAAUAUUC